GUCACUGCCUGAGUCAGGAGGGUAGGCGAGCCGAGCGGCGAACCUGCGGAGAAAGCAGCGGGGCACCGGCGCCAAGAACGCCCGCGCGCUCCAGAGCGUCCCCCAGUGGUCGGGCAGGACCGCGGCCAGAGCCCGCGACUCCGCUCCGGAGUGGCUUUCGGGCUUCUCCGCGUCACGCGGAGGUGCAGCCGCGGAUGAGCCAGGAUCCUACAGGCUCCGACCGCCCCACCCCCUCCUCAGAAACUCCGACAGCUUGCGCCUUCUGUGUGGCUUUUUUUUCUUCCGAAAGGCCAGCGUCUUAUCGCUCAAGUUCAAGUCCUGAGGACUUGCCCAGUCUCUUCCCUUGAAGUCACUUCUACCAUCCUUCGGCAGCCUCGGGAAGCAGGGCGCCUUGGACUGCUUGUCCCAGAGCCAGCGCGGGCAGUCCCGUCCUCCCUCCGGUGCCUGCCGGAGCCGGACGCAUUCGCUCCCCACCCUCCCUCUCUUCUCCCUCCCUUUCUCCCUUCCUCUCUUUCCUCCUCUACUUCCCCCUCCCUCUCUUGCCUCUUAAGUUUCCAGCACCGUGAAUCCAACUGUGCCAAGCCUAGGCUCGCGCGGAACCGAGCCUAAGCGCGACCCGGGCACUGGGACGCCGACUCCGCCGAAGGUGAACGAGGCAGCGGGACCGGUCCGCGCCCGAGCGUGGAGAUGAAGCGCCAGGGAGGGCAUGUCCGGGGCGCCGGAGACGCCAGGCCCGAGUAGCUAGCUCCUCCAUGGAGCCUUCCCAGAGCGGUCCCUGCUCGCUGUAUUCGCCCCCAGUCCUGUGCGGCUGCUGAGAGCGCUCCUGGCUCUGUAAAGUGGAUGUCAGGUGGAUCUAUGUUUGUGAAGGAACAAAGACUCAGCGAAGGCACCGCCGAGGAAGUUUGAGACGCGGGAGGAUGCAGGCUGCGUGCUGGUACGUGCUUCUCCUCCUGCAGCCCACCGUCUACUUGGUCACAUGUGCCAAUUUAACAAAUGGUGGGAAGUCAGAACUUCUAAAAUCAGGAGGCAGCAAAUCCACACUAAAGCACAUAUGGACAGAAAGCAGCAAAGACUUGUCUAUCAGCCGACUGCUGUCACAGACUUUUCGUGGCAAAGAAAAUGAUACAGAUUUAGACCUGCGAUAUGACACCCCAGAACCUUAUUCUGAGCAAGACCUCUGGGACUGGUUGAGGAACUCCACAGACCUUCAAGAGCCCCGGCCUAGGGCCAAGCGAAGGCCCAUUGUUAAGACGGGCAAGUUUAAGAAAAUGUUUGGAUGGGGUGAUUUUCAUUCCAACAUCAAAACAGUGAAGCUAAACCUGUUGAUAACUGGGAAAAUUGUCGAUCAUGGCAAUGGGACGUUUAGCGUUUAUUUCAGGCACAAUUCCACUGGUCAAGGGAAUGUAUCUGUCAGCUUGGUACCCCCUACGAAAAUAGUGGAAUUCGACUUGGCACAACAAACCGUGAUUGAUGCCAAAGAUUCCAAGUCCUUUAACUGCCGCAUUGAGUAUGAAAAGGUUGACAAGGCUACCAAGAACACACUCUGUAACUAUGACCCUUCAAAAACCUGUUACCAGGAGCAGACGCAAAGUCACGUGUCCUGGCUCUGCUCCAAGCCCUUUAAGGUGAUCUGUAUUUACAUUUCCUUUUAUAGUACAGAUUAUAAACUGGUACAGAAAGUGUGUCCCGACUACAACUACCACAGCGACACCCCUUACUUCCCCUCCGGAUGAGGACGGACGUGGGGGUGGGGACUGAGACCCGAGGAAUUCAGGUCACAUGGCAGGGCUGUCACCUCGAGAAGAAGGUCCCAUCUGUUGCCUGGAACGUGUCUACAUGCUGCUCUCGUCGACUGACUGCAAAUACGCUCGUGGAAAACAACCUGAUGUAAUUUCUGCCCAGUCAGCUUCAUCUCUUGGUAGAGUCGCAAAAUCACCACAGAUUCUAAAGCCACACCCGAAGACACGCUCUCACACAUAGACACACACCAACACACUCGCAUACACAUUUCAGCCGGCGUCUGUCAUGAUUCCUGUUGAGAGGGCUUUCAUUGUCUGCCUCAUAAUGGUUCAGGAUAAACGAUCGUCAAGCAAAAGGAUUAACUAGACAGUGAAUGGUUUUUAGCACUUGCUGUUAUGGAAAUCUCUCUUUAAUGUCUUGAGUACAUGCUAAUCAAUAGUCCCCACUCAUGCAUUUCUACUGCUUGGAGUAGCUGUACUGGUAAAUACUACUGUAGGAGUAUAAUGCUUGUUAAAAUGGAAAAAAAAAUGUGUUUUUAGAGCUCAGUAUUCUUUAUUUUAUGAACACAACAAGUGUAGUAAUUUUUUCCAGCAUUCAGUAGGCACAUUCAAGGUGAUCCAAGAUAGCUCUUUUUUCUAUGGAGGGAGCCUGUUCUCAGUAAAGAUGAGCAAACAUUUGGAAUUUACAUGUGGGCAGACACUGGACUACAGCUUUCAUCACUAGUCAUUGGACUUUUGCAAAGUCGAGACCAGCUAAGGCUGCUUAAAACAAGUUCUGAUCAUUAUAUAAGAAGGGAAAUGCCUGACAGACACCAUGUAAGUUAUAAGUGUCUGUCUUAUCUUUACUAAACAUAUUGUAACAAAUUCAAUAUCCUAGUCUUCAUUUGUAUGAAUGGUUUGUAUUGUACAUAGUUUAACCAAGUGUAAUUUGAGCUGCUUAUUAAUAUUAACUUGUACUUGUCUCUCUGCUUGUUAUUGGUUUAAAAAGAAAAAAAAAAGGAUAUGAGGAAUCCAUUCUAUCGAUGUAGCUGUGAACUCCAUUAAAAAGACAAACAAUGUACAAAGCAUUUAUUCAGCUCAAGUAUUGUUGAAACCUAUACAUAUACAACAUUACAGUCUGUAUUUAGAUAUUUUAUUUCUGGACAAAAUGAAAUGUACAUAAAAAUAAAAUGCUUAAAGUUGAGUUUCAAUA